AUGUCAAUCAUUUCUUCUAUAAUGAACUUUUUAUUUUCUGAGGAAAACUCUGGGAUAGACGAAGUAAAUAUAACUAGUAUAGAACGCACUGCUAUUGAUCAAUCUGGUAGUGUAGGAUCGUUUUAUGAUGUAUAUCAAGAUCAAAUAUUGGGAAAAUCGGGUGUCAGUUAUCAAACACAGUUAUCUAAAUCAGAAAAACCAUUUACAUGCGUAGUAUAUGAAGGCCAUACAGGUUAUACUGAAAAUUUACUUAAAAUGAUUGAUAUUAUUCAAUCAUUACGAUUGAGCAUCCAUUUAAAAAUGAUUCAACCAACUGGUAUUGCUUGUCUUAUUGAUUAUCCUCGAAUAAUUGAUGAAUAUACUCGUUUUUUAUACAUAUAUCAAGAAGGUCGAAUAGAAUCAUGCCAGAAUGAUCUAAUCAAAAAAAUAAAUUCGCAUCAAUUAACCACAUUAGAAACAAAUGCAACACAUAUUAUAGCUCAAAUUAUUUGGGGUAUACAUGCUGUUGUUAUUUUACAAUUACCGCCUGAUCAAGAAAUUGAAAUCGAUUGUUUAUUAAGACAAAUAUGUCAUAAUUUAAUUCAUAAUGAUGAAUUAACACUGGAAAUGAAACGUCUUAUGGAUAAAAUCAUAUUUACUACAUGCUACUCAAAUCUACCUGAUUUAACUCAGUUAAUCAAAUUGGAAGAUAUUUAUAAGCGAAUUUUACAAAUGAAAACAAACUUAGACAAACAUCGUCAAUUGAGAUAUAUCCUUAGUUCUAUUCGGCCAUCCACUCCACAACGGAAUAGUAAUAAUACAAUAAAAAUUGAAACUGAUCGAAUUUCUUUUAAUUAUCUCGAAUACUACUUAGUUCAACGAACAUCUGAAAUGAAAAUCUUAAAAUUAAAACUUGAUCACGAUUUACCUAAGUUAUUACAAGGAAAUUUACAAGAACAAUUGAACAAUGCUUAUGAUGAUUACUUAGAAUUAAAAUGUUUUCAUGAAUCUUAUAUGCAAUCUUUUCGUGAUUCACUGAUUAAAGUCCGACAAGGACAAUCGCCAGAAAUUCUAUUCAAUAACGAAAUUAACUUAGAACCACCCAAGGAAAUUAAAGAUCGUACUAAUGUUCUCCUUACUUCCAUUAAUGACUUAGUAGCAAAAGCAAAAUUAAUAAAAAAACUACAAAAUGAUAAAAUUGAGUAUUGUAAUGUUGUUCAAUUAGGAAUUCAACAAGGAUAUAAUGAACAAUUAAUCACCGAUAUACUUUUUAGAAAUGAUUCUAAUAAAGCUAUUUUUUGUUCAACUGAUAUUUUAAUGCAACAAUCAUCAAAACAAUGGGAGACAAUGUAUUAUCAAAUGAAUACAUUACGCGAGAGAAAUCCAAAAAUGAGUCUCGUCUAUGCUGACUUUACUUAUAGUACAUGGUAUUUAGAUAAGAUGGUAAUUCUAUCGUCAAUAGAACAAACAAUCAGUAGAUGUGAAUCAAAUUUGAAUUUGAUUCCAAAUAAAACAACACAAGAAGCUCGUUUGCCAACAUUAUCAUUAAAUAAUGAAUGUAUCAAUAUUCUUCUUCUUGGUGAAUCAGGAGUUGGUAAAUCAACAUUUAUUAAUGCUUUUGCUAAUUAUCUUCAAUUUGAUACACUUAAACAAGCUCAAUCUGGAAAACCUAUUGUUAUUAUACCUGUGUCAUUUUUAAUUGCAAUAAACGAUAAAUUUGAUGAAGAACUUGUUAAAUUUGGUAAUGCAGAUUCUAAUGAAGAUCAUAGUAAGUCAGGACAAUCAGUUACUCAACAAUGUAGAUCAUAUGUCUUUGAAAAGUGUCAUGAAAAACGAAUGCGUAUUAUUGAUACACCUGGUUUUGGAGAUACACGAGGUGAUAAUCAAGAUGAACUUAAUAUGAAAGUCAUAUUUUCAUAUAUUAAUAAUUUAACACAUUUGAAUUGUAUUUGUUUCUUAUUAAAACCUAAUGUUAAUCAAUUAAAUCCAUUUUUAUAUUCAUGUUUUACUGAAUUAUUUCAAUUUUUUGGUGCAAAUAUUUGUAAUCAUUUGAUUUUUUGUUUUACGAAUGCUCGAUCAACUUUCUUUACACCUGGUAAUACUCGACCAUUAUUAAAAUCAUUUUUUGAUUCAUUUCCAAUAAAAGAAAUUCCAUUGAAAAAAAAGAAUACAUUCUGUUUUGAUAGUGAAUCUUUUCGAUAUUUAGUUGCACUACAAAAACAUUUAAAAUUUAAUGAAGAUGAUAAAAAAGAAUUGGAAAAAAGUUGGUUACGAUCUGUUGAAGAAUCAAAACGAUUUCGAGAUUUUAUUUGUCAUGAAGUUAAACCAUAUCGUAAAAAUAUUGAAUGGCAAUCAAUUCAAGAAGCUCAGUUACAAAUCAAUCUUAUGAUUCGUCCAAUGUUGGAAGCUAUGCGAAAUAUUCUUCGAAAUAUUCUUUUAUAUAAGACAAAUUCUUCGAUUAAACUCAGUACAACAUCUGUUGAGCAGCCAGCAAUUAUCUGCUAUACAUGUAAUCGUACUGCUUAUAAAUUUGGUCAUAUUUGGAUAUUAUUAGAUUGUCUGCAUCUCUUGCCGAAUACGUGCACUUCAAAUGAACAAAGUUCAACUGAAUAUAAACUCAGUUAUGAGUUUCUCAAUGCUCAAACUAAUGAAUCAAUCGAAAUUUUGAACGAACAAAGAAAAGUUCUCUAUGAAACAUGUACAAAGUUGGUUCGUUUUUUAAUAACAACAACUCAGACAAAACAAGAUGAUCCGUUUUUAUUGGGUCUCAUUAGAAUGAUUAAGGAAGAACAAUAUAUUUGUCAAAAUUAUGAUCAAAACAAUUUUAAUUCACAAUUAGUUGAUAAAUUGAUAAUACUUAAAAGAGAAUACGAACAACAAUUUAAUCAGGCAUAUUCAAACGAUGAAAAUCAAAUGUUAUCAAAUGUAUAUGAAUUAAUAAUGUCAGUUAAUCAAAUACCCAUGAAUGGACAACUUGUUUCAAGUAUACAAGAAACAAGUUCAAAUUGUAGUAAAGUUGCAUUGACAUGUAGUGGUACAUGUUUAGUUGGAUUAGCUAGUGAUGGUGGUAUUGAUGUUCAACCAUGUAUACUGCAAAUGUAUAUUAUUUAA